CAGCGCCGCUCCGGGGACGGACGGACAGAAGACGACGACGGGAUCGGCCGAGUCGCUUUGUGUUGCAGCCCGACGAGGGGCGGCGGCGGCGGCGGCGCAACCACCUGACAGAGGCCGCGGCGCUCCAUGCACCUUCCGCCCGCAUGAGGACGAGAGGCCGGUAGAGGACUGUGAAAGAAAAGUUGUCCCCCAGGAUGGACUUCACCACGCAGCCCAAGCCUGCCACUGCCCUCUGUGGCGUCGUGAGUGCCGAUGGCAAGAUCGCUUAUCCUCCGGGGGUAAAGGAGAUCACCGACAAGAUCACCACGGACGAAAUGAUCAAACGGCUGAAGAUGGUAGUAAAAACCUUCAUGGAUAUGGAUCAGGACUCAGAAGAUGAAAAGCAGCAAUAUCUUCCACUAGCCUUGCACCUUGCAUCUGAAUUCUUUCUCAGGAACCCUAACAAAGAUGUGCGCCUCCUUGUUGCAUGCUGUUUGGCUGACAUAUUUCGAAUCUAUGCCCCAGAAGCUCCAUAUACUUCCCAUGAUAAACUGAAGGACAUAUUUCUGUUUAUUACCCGACAAUUAAAAGGUUUGGAGGAUACAAAGAGUCCACAGUUUAAUAGAUACUUUUAUUUAUUAGAGAAUUUAGCUUGGGUUAAAUCAUACAACAUCUGCUUUGAGUUGGAAGAUUGCAAUGAAAUUUUUAUUCAGCUUUUUAGGACUCUCUUCUCAGUGAUCAAUAAUAGCCACAAUAAGAAGGUACAAAUGCACAUGUUAGACUUGAUGAGUUCUAUCAUCAUGGAAGGUGAUGGGGUUACUCAAGAAUUACUGGAUUCCAUUCUUAUUAACCUUAUACCUGCACAUAAGAAUUUAAAUAAACAGUCCUUCGACCUUGCAAAAGUCCUGUUGAAAAGGACAGUCCAGACCAUUGAGGCUUGCAUUGCCAAUUUUUUCAAUCAAGUCCUGGUGCUGGGAAGAUCGUCAGUAAGUGAUUUGUCAGAACAUGUAUUCGAUCUGAUUCAGGAACUUUUUGCCAUAGAUCCUCAUUUAUUAUUAUCUGUUAUGCCACAGCUUGAAUUUAAACUGAAGAGCAAUGAUGGAGAAGAACGGUUAGCUGUGGUUCGACUACUUGCUAAAUUGUUUGGGUCUAAGGAUUCUGAUUUGGCCACACAGAAUCGUCCUCUUUGGCAGUGUUUUCUUGGCCGAUUUAAUGACAUUCAUGUUCCUGUGAGAUUAGAAAGUGUGAAAUUUGCCAGUCACUGUUUAAUGAAUCACCCAGAUUUAGCCAAAGAUCUCACAGAAUAUUUGAAGGUUCGAUCACAUGAUCCAGAAGAAGCUAUUCGUCAUGAUGUCAUUGUUACUAUCAUAACAGCUGCCAAAAGAGACCUUGCCUUAGUAAAUGAUCAGCUGCUUGGCUUUGUCAGGGAAAGGACACUGGAUAAGCGGUGGCGAGUGAGGAAAGAAGCUAUGAUGGGUCUGGCUCAACUUUAUAAGAAGUACUGUCUUCAUGGUGAAGCAGGAAAGGAAGCUGCAGAGAAAGUCAGCUGGAUAAAGGAUAAGCUUUUGCACAUUUAUUAUCAAAACAGCAUCGAUGACAAAUUGUUGGUAGAGAAAAUCUUUGCUCAAUAUCUUGUUCCCCACAACCUGGAAACAGAAGAGAGAAUGAAAUGCUUAUAUUAUUUAUAUGCUAGCCUGGAUCCAAAUGCUGUAAAAGCUCUCAAUGAAAUGUGGAAGUGUCAGAACAUGCUUCGGAGUCAUGUACGUGAACUGUUGGAUUUGCACAAGCAGCCUGCAUCAGAGGCUAACUGUUCUGCUAUGUUUGGGAAACUGAUGACCAUAGCAAAGAAUUUGCCUGACCCUGGGAAAGCACAAGAUUUUGUAAAGAAAUUUAACCAGGUUCUUGGUGAUGAUGAGAAACUACGGUCUCAAUUAGAGUUAUUAAUCAGCCCAACAUGUUCAUGUAAACAAGCAGAUGUUUGUGUGAGAGAAAUAGCUCGGAAACUUGCAAAUCCUAAGCAGCCAACCAAUCCUUUUCUAGAGAUGGUCAAGUUUCUGUUGGAAAGAAUUGCACCUGUGCACAUUGAUUCUGAAGCCAUAAGUGCACUAGUAAAACUGAUGAAUAAAUCAAUAGAGGGGACAGCAGAUGAUGAAGAGGAGGGUGUAAGUCCGGAUACAGCUAUUCGUUCAGGACUUGAACUUCUUAAGGUUCUGUCUUUCACACAUCCUACCUCGUUCCACUCUCCAGAGACAUAUGAGUCCUUGCUACAGUGCCUAAGAAUGGAGGACGACAAGGUAGCAGAAGCUGCAAUUCAAAUUUUUAGAAACACAGGCCACAAGAUAGAAACAGACCUUCCCCAGAUACGAUCGACCUUAAUUCCCAUUUUACAUCAAAAAGCAAAGAGAGGUACUCCACACCAAGCAAAACAGGCUGUCCACUGUAUACAUGCCAUAUUUACUAAUAAAGAAGUCCAGCUUGCACAGAUUUUUGAGCCACUCAGUAGGAGUCUGAAUGCUGAUGUACCAGAACAGCUUAUAACUCCAUUAGUUUCAUUGGGCCACAUCUCUAUGUUAGCACCAGAUCAGUUUGCUUCCCCAAUGAAAUCUGUAGUAGCAAACUUCAUUGUGAAAGAUCUACUAAUGAAUGAUCGGUCCACAGGUGAGAAGAAUGGAAAAUUAUGGUCUCCAGAUGAGGAGGUUUCCCCUGAAGUACUAGCAAAGGUACAGGCAAUUAAACUUCUGGUAAGGUGGCUGUUGGGUAUGAAAAACAACCAGUCUAAAUCUGCCAACUCAACUCUUCGGUUGUUAUCAGCGAUGUUGGUUAGUGAGGGUGACCUGACAGAGCAAAAGAGAAUCAGUAAAUCUGAUAUGUCUCGCUUGCGAUUAGCUGCUGGUAGUGCCAUAAUGAAGCUUGCUCAGGAACCUUGUUACCAUGAAAUUAUUACCCCAGAACAGUUUCAGCUCUGUGCACUGGUUAUUAAUGAUGAGUGUUACCAAGUAAGGCAAAUAUUUGCACAGAAGCUGCAUAAAGCACUUGUGAAGUUACUACUCCCGUUGGAGUAUAUGGCGAUCUUUGCCUUGUGUGCCAAAGAUCCUGUCAAGGAAAGACGAGCCCAUGCACGACAGUGUUUGCUAAAGAACAUCAGUAUACGCAGGGAAUACAUUAAACAGAACCCUAUAGCUACUGAGAAAUUAUUAUCACUAUUGCCUGAGUAUGUAGUUCCAUACAUGAUCCACCUGCUAGCUCAUGACCCUGAUUUCACAAGAUCACAAGACGUUGAUCAGCUUCGUGACAUCAAAGAGUGCCUAUGGUUCAUGCUUGAAGUUUUAAUGACAAAGAAUGAGAAUAACAGUCAUGCCUUCAUGAAGAAGAUGGCAGAGAACAUCAAAUUAACCAGAGAUGCCCAGUCUCCAGAUGAAUCCAAGACAAAUGAAAAACUUUACACAGUAUGUGAUGUGGCUCUGUGUGUUAUAAAUAGUAAAAGUGCUUUGUGCAAUGCAGAUUCACCAAAGGACCCAGUCCUCCCACUGAAGUUUUUUACACAACCAGAAAAGGACUUCUGUAACGACAAGAGUUAUAUUUCAGAAGAGACAAGAGUACUUCUGUUAACAGGAAAGCCAAAGCCUACUGGAGUGUUAGGUGCAGUGAACAAGCCAUUAUCAGCAACAGGGAGGAAGCCCUAUGUUAGAAGCACUGGCACUGAGACUGGAAACAAUAUUAAUGUCAAUUCUGAGCUGAACCCAUCAACAGGAAAUCGGUCAAGGGAGCAGAGUUCAGAGACAUCAGAAACUGGAGUUAGUGAAAAUGAAGAGAAUCCUGUGAGGAUUAUUUCUGUUUCACCUGUAAAGAAUAUUGAUCCUGUAAAGAAUAAGGAAAUUAACUCUGAUCAGACUACCCAGGGCAACAUCAGCAGUGACAGAGGAAAGAAAAGAACUGUAACUGCAGCUGGUGCAGAGAAUAUCCAUCAAAAACCAGAUGAGAAAGCAGAUGACUCAGGACCGCCUGCCGCUUCGAAACCCAGGAGAGGACGUCGCCCCAAGUCUGAAUCUCAGGGCAAUGCAACCAAAAAUGACGAUAUAAAUAAACCAUCUGGCAAAGGGAGGAAGAGAGCUGCAGGCAGUCAAGAGAGCUCUGGGGGUUUGGAAGUAUGUAACACCAAAGCGCCCAAGCUGCAAGACACAGCCAAAAAGGCAACACCCACAGAGAGACAAAUCGACUUGCAAAGGUAAAAAGAAAGCUCACUUGCAAAGGGAGAAAAUGAAGGCCAAAUAGAAGCAGCUCCGUCUGGCUUCUGGAAAACUUAAGAUUCCAAAUGUCCCUGAACAGAAGAUGAUGAUGUUCACUGCAAACACACACUUUCCGCCUUGAAAACUGAAAGGAAUGGUCCUUCCUUUUACAUGACUGCGGUCCUUGAUGGGAAUGUGCAGCAGAUACUCUUGAGAGAGAGGCUAAAAGCAACUCUAUUCUCCCUCACCCUAGACUUUUCCUAUUGAAAAGUCAAUAAUUAAGCAAAUUGCUUAACAUUUGGUUCCAGUUACUGCAUAUCUGGAGUUUAAAGGCAUAAUACACCAUAAAUGUCCAUGCUGCAAUUUUUUUUUACAGGAAGUAACAAGAAUUCCUUACACUUGACACUGAAAAUUCAUCUACUCUAGAGCCAGGAAACCCAUGUUACAUGAGAAAAAAAAAAUUGAUGGCUACUGAAGAAAUUUUUUUAGAAGAAAAAAAUCACAUUAAUAUUACUUUGUUUUUCCUUUUGGAAACUUUUUAUGUAUUAUUCUUUCUGCCUGUCUACUUUUCUGCAAAAAAAAAAUAUGAGAUGUACAGAUUUCUGUUCCCUGCUAUAAAAAGUGUUGUUGUGGCAAUUUUAUAAAUGUUGCUUUCUGAUUUUUAUCAGAAUAAGAAAAUAAUUAAAAUUAUUACUGAUUCGCAAGUAGUAGUAAACACUUCAUAUUUUGAUUCCCCCAUUUUAUUUUAAUAUAAUUUGCAAUACAUGUACAUAUUGUUUCAUAAAGCAUAUCACUUUAAAAGUAGUUUUUACUCCUAUAAUUAUGUUGGAAUAUUUGGAAUUAAGGGAGUAAAAACUGUCCAGGAUUUGGUUUGUUUUUAUUGUUGAUGUAAAAAGGGGGGGUUGUUUGUUUUUGUUUUUUUUUUUUAAUAGAUGGACAUUGGCAGCUUCAUGAGGAAAAUUGAAGGUGUUUAUGAUUGCAAUCAAUUUUGCUGUUGGGAAAUAACGCACCUUUUUGUUGAUCUAGGCUCAGUUUUUACCUUAAUUUUACAGACAACUGUUGCAUUGAUACAUUAUGUUCCUUGGCAUUGUUCAGCAUAGAUAGUGUGUACAUUUUGUGUACACAUGAUCAUAUUUAAGUUUUUUGCAUAAAAUAAAUGCUUCUAGAUGUCGUGACAGUCUUUUUAAAUCUUUAUAUCAUGCUAUGAUUUCUUAUGAAUUUUUUAUGUGAAAGGGCUAAAGUCAAAGAAAAAUCAUGAUUACAGUCAACUCUCCAUUAUCUAUAAAUCAGUGACUGUGCCUCAGGUUGUUAAUUCUGUAGUAUUCGUAUGCUUAAUUAUUAAUCAUAAUUAAACAUUGAAAGCACCUACUAAAAUAAGGAGGAACUUGGAAGGCAUCUUUUCUCAUGCUCAGUGUUAAUCCUGCCUCCACUGCUCUCCCCAGAGCCCUGUCCUUACAUGUACCUGGUGUAGGGCAGAGGAGAUAAACAAUAUUUACAUUAUGUGGGGGGAAGAAAAGUUCAAUGAAGUGUUCAUAAAAAGAAAAUUCCCUUAUUGAAAUUUACUAAUUCUGUGUGUCACUUAUGUUCUCAUAAAUAAUCAAGAGUUGGCUGUAAACCGAAUCUGUAAAGUGGGCAAUUCUUAUGUAUGCAUAUAUAUUAUAUACAUACACACGUUAGGUGUGGAAAAAUGGUUAGGAAACUCUGGAUACCAAUGACAGAAAACAAUGCUUUUUAAAGGGUUCAGAAGCCCUGCUCUUCCUGUUGCCUCUUCAUAGCCCUUAAGAAGUACAAAAUAUUGCCUCCGACAUGCUGACAGAGAAUAUCUAUGCAUAAGGGUCAGUAAGGUCCCUCAGUCAGUCAGUGGUGGGUUCUGUUUAGAAAGAGGUUAAAGUUCAAAUGACUUGAUUCUUAGGUCCUCAGUUUGUCACCAGCAGAAACUGCAUUGAGUGGUGCCUACUAAACUGAGCUUCUGGGCUUAGUCACCAUGGAGCUGGAAGAAAGAGAAGAUCCCUAAGUGUGGGUCAUGCUAAACAAAAAUGUGGCAGAACCGUUUGCAUCAGUUUAUGGCUCAUGGAAGAGGUACCCAAAGGAUCUGUUGCUCAUGUAAAUGGCCCACUCCUGGUUCUGUAAAAUGACAGUGUCUGGCACUAAGGGAAGGGAAAGUAAACUGGUCAAAGAAUUAAGCAAAUGAAGAGGGACUUGUUUACUGGUAAUUUGUCAGGUUUCCUUUGAAAAGGAAAAUUAAAAUCUCUUAAGAAUUUGGUAUUUACAUCUCAGAGAAAUACAACACAAAAGUGCAGACUUAUCUUUGAGAAUUCAUGUUAACCCUUUGUGUCUAGUUUGAAGCUUCUUGUAUUUGUCUAAAACUACAAGCCAGAAUUUUGUAUCUCCUUUGAUAAGAAGUGUGUAUAAUGUAAAGUAGUUUUGCAUAUUCUUGUGCUGCACAUGGGCUGAAUUUUUAGAAUUUUUUUAAAGACUUUAAGCAAAACCUUGUAAUUUGUGUAAAUGACAAGUGUAAAAUCCUACCAUAAAAUGCUUAAAACAUAUGCACUGUUUCGAAUAAAACCAAGAAAUGCAGCAUUA